GACUAUAUAAUAAUGAGACAAGCAAACUUUCUGACUUGCUCUGGGGUUGAAACAGAUCGGAAUCGCUAUCCUCAAUCACCGCUACUCUAUCGAAAUGGGCUUGAAGGAGGAGUUUGAGGAGUAUGCUGAGAAAGCUAAGACCCUCCCUGAGAAUACAACAAACGAAAACAAACUCAUUCUCUAUGGGCUCUACAAACAAGCCACUGUUGGGAACGUGAACACCAGCCGUCCGGGGAUAUUCAACCUGAGGGAGCGAGCAAAGUGGGAUGCCUGGAAGGCUGUUGAAGGAAAAUCCACAGAGGAAGCCAUGAACGACUACAUCACCAAGGUAAAACAGUUGCUGGAGGAAGCUGCUGCUGCUGCUGCUUGAGGCCUUCAAACGCCUGGUUUUUCCUGGUUCCCUUGUGCUUGUUUGGUUUGUGGGAAAAAACCAUGUAGUAGCGAUCAUAAAUUAAUAAUCUCUCUCUCUCUCCUUCGGUACUGUUAGUCUCUCUUUUCAGACCUCUAUGCUUCUGAAUCGCUGAAAUCCAUCUUAAUUUGAAAUUAUCACUAGUCUAUCUUUUUAUGUUA